UGCUUCUGGGAAGUAGAGCGCCUACCCGCACGCUUGCUGGCUUUCCCGGUACGGCCUUUUCUGCUGGGGCUCCCAGGUCGAAGCGUUCGUCUCUGCUGCUGCGGUUUUCAUAUUCUCCGAGCUCUCCGGUUAGGCCGGAGCCUCAGCACCGGGUAGCGCCAUCGGAGGUCACACCACCAGGAAGGAGGUGACGGGGGCGGCGCGGGGCGCGGACACUCCCCGCUAAGAGCCCGCCUGCCAUGGACUCGGAAUAUUACAGUGGCGACCAGUCAGAUGAUGGUGGUGCUACCCCAGUGCAGGAUGAACGGGAUUCUGGAUCUGAUGGUGAGGAUGAUGUAAAUGAGCAACACUCUGGAUCAGAUACUGGAAGCAUAGAACGACAUUCAGAGAAUGAACCUAGUGAUCGAGAAGAUGGCCUCACCAAAAGACAUCAUGUGACAGACUCUGAGAAUGAUGAGCCCUCACAUCUUAAUGCUAGUGACUCUGAAAGUGAGGAGCUUCACAGGCCAAAGGACAGUGAUUCCGAAUCUGAAGAGCGGGCAGAACCUCCUGCAAGUGAUUCUGAAAAUGAGGAUGUUAAUCAGCAUGGGAGUGACUCUGAGAGUGAGGAGACCAGGAAAUUACCUGGGAGUGACUCUGAAAACGAGGAGCUGCUUAAUGGACAUGCAAGUGACUCUGAAAACGAAGAAAUUAGAAAGCAUGCUGCCAGUGAUUCUGAGAUUGAAGAGCUCCAAAAGAGUCCUUCCAGUGACUCUGAAACCGAGGAUGCUCUGAAACCUCAAAUCAGUGACUCUGAGAGUGAGGAACCACCAAGGCACCAGGCCAGUGACUCAGAAAAUGAGGAGCCUCCUAAACCGCAAAUGAGUGAUUCGGAAAGCGAGGAGCUUCCUAAACCUCGAAUCAGUGACUCAGAAAGUGAGGAUCCCCCAAGGCACCAGGCCAGUGACUCUGAAAAUGAAGAGCUCCCCAAACCCCGUAUCAGUGACUCUGAAAGCGAAGACCCCCCAAGACACCGGGCCAGUGACUCAGAUAAUGAAGAACUCCCCAAACCCCGAAUUAGUGACUCAGAGAGUGAGGAACCCCCAAGACACCAGGCCAGCGACUCAGAUAAUGAAGAACUCCCCAAACCCCGAAUUAGUGACUCAGAAAGUGAGGAUCCCCCAAGGCAUCAGGCCAGUGAUUCUGAAAAUGAGGAGCUCCCCAAACCCCGAGUCAGUGACUCUGAGAGUGAGGAGCCUCAGAAAGGACCUGCCAGUGAUUCAGAAGCGGAGGAUGCCUCCAGACCCAAACAGAAGCCAGAGUCUGAUGAUGACAGCGAUGGGGAAAAUAAGGGGGGGAAUCCAGAAAUGCAAAAUGACUUUCAUUCAGAGAGCCAUGUUGACAGAAAAAGAUUUCACAGCUCUGAGAGUGAGGAGGAAGAACCCAAAAGGCAAAAAAUGGAUAGUGAUGAAGAUGAAGAAAAAGAUGGUGAGGAGGAAAAAGUAGCAAAACGGAAAGCUGCAGUGCUUUCUGAUAGUGAAGAUGAAGAAAAAGCAUCAGCAAAGAAAAGUCGUGUUGUUUCUGAUGCCGAUGACUCUGACAGUGAUGUUAUAUCAGAUAAAUCAAGCAAAAGAGAGAAGACUGUAGCAUCUGACAGUGAAGAAGAAGUGGGGAAAGAAUUAUCUGAUAAGAAAAAUGAAGAGAAAGAUCUAUUUGGGAGUGAUAGUGAGUCAGGCAAUGAAGAAGAAAAUCUUAUUGCAGAUAUAUUUGGAGAAUCUGGUGAUGAAGAGGAAGAAGAAUUUACAGGUUUUAACCAGGAGGAUUUGGAAGAAGAAAAAGGUGAAACCCAGGUGAAAGAAGCAGAAGAUUCAGAUUCUGAUGAUAACAUAAAAAGAGGAAAGCAUAUGGACUUCCUGUCAGAUUUUGAGAUGAUGUUGCAGAGGAAAAAGAGCAUGAGUGGCAAGCGCAGACGUAAUCGCGAUGGUGGCACCUUUAUUAGUGACGCAGAUGAUGUUGUGAGUGCCAUGAUUGUCAAGAUGAAUGAGGCUGCUGAGGAAGAUAGACAGUUGAACAAUCAAAAAAAGCCAGCACUUAAGAAAUUAACUUUGUUGCCUACUGUGGUUAUGCACCUUAAGAAGCAAGACCUUAAAGAGACGUUUAUUGAUAGUGGUGUGAUGUCUGCCAUCAAAGAAUGGCUAUCACCUCUGCCAGAUAAGAGUUUGCCAGCACUAAAGAUUCGGGAGGAGCUGUUGAAGAUUUUGCAAGAGCUACCUAGUGUGAGCCAGGAGACCCUGAAGCAUAGUGGGAUUGGACGAGCAGUGAUGUAUCUCUAUAAACACCCCAAGGAAUCAAGGUCCAACAAGGACAUGGCAGGGAAAUUAAUCAAUGAAUGGUCUCGUCCUAUAUUUGGCCUUACCUCAAACUAUAAAGGAAUGACAAGAGAAGAAAGGGAGCAAAGAGAUCUAGAACAAAUGCCUCAACGACGAAGAAUGAACAGCACUGGUGGUCAGACACCCCGAAGAGACCUGGAAAAGGUGCUAACAGGAGAGGAGAAGGCUCUUAGACCUGGAGAUCCUGGAUUCUGUGCCCGUGCAAGGGUCCCAAUGCCCUCAAACAAGGACUAUGUCGUCAGGCCCAAGUGGAACGUGGAAAUGGAGUCAUCCAGGUUUCAGGCAACUUCCAAGAAAGGUAUCAGUCGACUGGAUAAACAGAUGAGAAAGUUCACAGAUAUCAGGAAAAAAAGCAGAUCUGCACACGCUGUGAAAAUCAGCAUUGAGGGCAAUAAAAUGCCAUUGUGACCUUGCCUGGGAUGUGUCUUCCAUCUCUCCUUUAAGAAAUGCACAAUGAACUCUUUGGAGAAAGAAGAUAUUUUAAAAUUUUUUUAGUGUGUCUGUAAAUGGUUUGGCUUGUAUCAAAUGUUGUCAUAGGAUUCACAUUUCUCUCAGUUGUAUUUAAAACUGUUGUGUACUUUGUACAGAAGAAUACUAGUCAUACUUCUAAAAAUUUUAAAUAAUAAAAUUUCAUUCUGGUUUUGG